AUGGCUGCCACUGCGCAGGCCUCGCCUGCGCCGCCCCAGAAUGUCCAGCGUGGCAAUUAUCUCUGGGUUCUUCAUGAACACGCCCCGCGCGGAGAAGAUGAGUUGCGAAUGAAGCGCGGCGACGUGAUUUUGCUGGAGGAGAUGGAUGAAGAAUUUCAAGAUGGAUGGUGGCUGGGUGAACACCCCGGAACCGGCCAGAAGGGCCUUUUCCCAGCAGGCUUUACGAGAAAAGCGCAUGCCCACGAGAUCCCGACUAGCCAUCGGCUUCCCAGCUCACUGGGGAAGCUCCAGACCGACCCCGCACCCCAGGGGGUGAUCGCGUCCGAAAAUACCGAGUCGCCCGCGCAGAUGGAACCCUCGACUCCGAUCGAGUCAUCUUUUACCUCCGUCGGGAGUGAGCAGACAACCCCGCAGGCAUCGCAACAUGCCAGUACCUCUGAGAUGGUGGAUUCUCCAAUGCAGCAGCAACAACGAUCCGCAUCGUCUCCGCUACCGCGCCCGAACCUGGCGGCCAAUAUCCAGGAUGCUUUCCGCAGGUCCAUUGACAACCACGCGAAUGGCGAGGACAGCCCUGUGAUGAAUGAGACCUUGAGCGUCAUCGAUGAGCAUAUUACGGACAUGAACACUCCUCGCCAUAGCGUGUCCACCCAAGAGGCACGGACAAUCAACGAUUCCGGAAGCGAAUACAGCAGUCAUCUGAGCCAUCGCAUUUCGUACAUCAAUGGUCACGAAACGGACGAAGAAGAAAACACGCAUCUGACAGUCGAUGAAGUGCGGCGGUGGAAUCACACCGAGACGGCCAAGCACCUACGGGACCUCGGAGUCGACCCCAAACACUGUGAUAUUUUCGAACAGGAGGAAAUCACUGGUGACCUUCUUCUUGAAAUGAGCCAAGACACCAUUUUCAUGAAAGAGUUUGACCUUGGGGUCAUGGGCAAGCGGCUAAAGACUUGGCACAAAAUCAAGGCCUUUCAGGAGGAAGUGAAGGGCAUCAAGCCGCAACCGCAACCGCAACUGCAACCCGCAAGAGGCUCCUUCUCCAGCUAUGCGGGCCCUGAAGAGCGAUCACUGUCGCGUGCAGGCCAUACUGGUCCCUUUCUCCCGCGCAUCCCAUCUGUAUCGGAAAGGACCGGUUCGGGAUAUCCGCCUCGGAUCUCUGCCGUUCCUGGCCAGCACCCAAGGCUGACCAGCAACAACAGCUCCCCUAUGACACCCAACGCCCCUUCGUUUGGCCAUGAUUCGCCAAGGAGAAUCUCCGCAGCUUCAAUCCGUGAGUUCAAUCAUGGACGGCGACACUCUUCCAUCGAUGCCACUACUCGCGGUAUGCCCGAUUUAUCUAUGAACGGUAGUCAUCAGAAAAAGCCGUCCUUUGACCGGGCAUGGACUCUCAACAGUAAUUCUCAAGCACUGCCAACUCGUCCGGGCACGUCAAUAGGGACUACUUCAGCUUAUCGCGGAGCACAAGCCACCGAAUCAGAACCGAAUACCCCCGAGCAGUGGGAUGAUCUCGACCGGGGCUACUUCUCCGGAACCGAGGUGGAUUCGCGCCGUACUCGACGCGUUCUGCAAAAGCGAACGUCCACCGGUGGGAGUAUCAGCCAUUCUCGACAGUCGAGCUACGCGGAUGAUCCUUAUCGAGCCAGUACUGCAGGCAAGCGUCAGUCUCGUAUUGCUAGUGUCGACUCCAUGCGCGACGCAGUCACACAUGUCUCUCCCGCUGCCCAGGCCUACCAUGGGACACCGCCCAAGAGUCGGUUCAGGAGCAUGAGUACGCGUGUUUCGAACCGAAGCGGCAACGAAUCGCAGUCUUCCAACCCGGAAGCGAAGUCGGGUUUCUUCUCAAGCUUCGGGCCUCUGAUUAGAAGCAAAGGCGACGCCAAAGUUGACACCAAGGGCGAGGCAGAUGGUAAGGCGGAUGGCAAGGCAUCUGGUACCGUUCGCUCCUCAGCCUUACACUUCGGGCUGCCGAAGAUGGGUGGUGCCGGGCCCAAGAUCCGACGAGCGGUUGGCCUGCGCGCUAUCUCCGAUGUUGUUGGCAAGGGAAGUAGUGACAAUUCCGCACCUGCCUCACCUCAUGACUACGACCCCAUGUCUGCCCGUACCGGGUCCACCACCCCAUCUGCGACAUCCAAAAGCUCGGAACGCCACAGCACUGAUGGGUCUGGCAAGGCCACUGAUGGUGCUGGAUUUAUAGUCCGGCCGCGGACGGUCAAGUCGAAGAAAGACACCAGCGCCUAUACUCGUGGCCUGGAGAAGAAAUCUCCAAGAGAGCAGAUAGAUGGCUGCGAGUACAGUGGCUGGAUGAAGAAGAGAUCGUCCAAUUUGAUGACCACAUGGAAGCCCCGGCUGUUUGUCCUGCGUGGUCGCCGGCUGUCCUACUAUUACUCUGAAGAUGACACCGAGGAGCGAGGCCUCAUUGACAUCACCGCUCAUCGAGUGCUCCGAGCAGACAACGACCCCAUCAUCGCGCUGCACGCGACCGUCACCGGCGCCACCGCGCUGCCUGCCAAUGCCAAUACUACCGAGAAUGGAGGUGGCAUGAAGCUAACUACGCCAGCCGCAAUCGCCUCACUCACCAACAAGAACGGCAACGGACCGUUCUUCUUCAAGCUAGUGCCCCCGAAGAUGAAUAACUCACGCACCGUGCAAUUCACCAAGCCGACAACACACUUCUUCCAAGUUGACAGCGUCCAAGAGGGCCGUUUGUGGAUGGCCGCACUCAUGAAAGCAACUAUCGAGCGCGACUUGGAGACGUUGGUGACCACCAACAAGCAAAAGACCAUCAGUCUCAAACAGGCUCGGAUGAUGAACCAGCGCCCACCCGCCCUGAUGACUCUCCCAUCUGGCCUCGAGCAGCCAGUUCAGCUGAUCGAGGAAGACGAGGAAGACAACGGCCUCAGGAUUGAUGGCCUGAACAUAGCCAAAUCGCCCUCCUCGGACGGCAACUCCUUCGUCGAUGCGAGGAAUGAGUUGCGGGAGAUCGAGCCCGAGAGCACUGGCCGUCCGCAGUCAAAUCCUCUUGGAGAUAUCGACUUGGGAAAUUCAUCCCUCCUCCCGGAUCCGUUGGCCAAGACUGAUUCGAAAUAA